CACACUUGCAGACUCGCGGGCAAAUUGAUGAUGAGACGAUUCCUUUAUGGCGGCGGUGUGCAUUCGACGAAAUGAAAUAUACGGAUGGAUGACCGUGUACGCUACCUAGGAACCUACUGAUUCGCCCCGGAUCCGACUGGGCGUUGGGGUUAACUCUCUCAGUAACGGUAAUGGUAUAUGUCUUCUCUGGGCAGUACCCACCCGGCUCAACGCGGGGUUUGUGUGAUAUAAACCGGCCUCAGACCCUCAUCCGACUCAUCCUGUUCGCCGACCUUCCUGUCCACGGACCACUCGUGACAAGAUGGGCAGCGUUCCAACUCUACCCGAGGCACAAACCUUCUUCACGGUCGGCGACAAACAUGAAUUCGAUCCAGAACGAUGGGUAUCGGACGGCCAAGAGCCGCGCCCAAAGCGGGAUCCGGAAACACACGUCAAAGUGUUGAUCGUAGGCGCCGGCUACGCCGGGCUGCUGGCGGCGCUCGAGUGCUGGCGGAAAGGGCACGACGUGGUGGGCAUCCUGGAACGCAGCCAGGGGCCCAACUACAGCGGCGACCUCAUCAUCAUCCAGCCGUCGGCCCUCGAGGUGCUGCGCCACUGGCCGCAGAUGCGGCGCGAGCUCGGCGAGGACAAGGUCACAGCAGGGACCUACUACUACCGCCACAACGGCGAGCUCAUCUCGGGACCGGCGGAGCCGAGCUACAACGCGGCCGAGUACGUCGCCGAGCGUGCGAGCAGGCCUGACACGGUCGGGUACAUUGGCGCCGUGCAGAUCCGCAAGAAGUUCUACCGAAUGCUGUUGCGGCAAGUGGCCCGCCUGGGCUUUCGCGUUGACUACGGCUGCCGAGUCCAAGGCUAUUUUGAGGAUGAAGGGGCUGGGAUUGCCGGCGUCACCCUCACCGACGGUUCAAUUCGGACGGCGCACGUCGUCGUCGCAGCUGACGGCAGCCGGUCGAGAUCCGAGUUGCUCAUCGCCGGGGAGCACGCCGUGACGAGGUCCAGCGGCAUGUCAGUCUACCGCACGGCGUUCCCAGCCCACCUUGCCUUUGCCGACGGCAUGGUGCGCGAGCGGUGGGGGGGCAAGCACACGUACGAGUUCUGGCUGGGGUCGGGCAUGCACAUCGGGCUGUAUUUCUCGCCCGACCUGGUGGCCUUUGGCAUCACGCCGCGCGACGAGUACCUGGACCCGGACCAGGUCGUCGUGGACCAGGAUUCGUGGGAUCCCAACGUCGAUCCGGACGAGGUCAUUGCUGUGAUGCGCCGCGCCAGGUCGGCCAUGGAUAAGGACGACCCAGACCCGGACACGUGGCACCCCGUAAUCGAGGCCCUUGUGCGCACCGCGCCCCGCGGAAACCUCAUCCACUGGCCGCUGCGCUGGCGCGAUCUCCGGCGGGAGUGGGUUUCUAAGGGCGGGCGGGUCGUCCAGAUCGGCGACGCGGCACACUCGACCAUCCCCUCCUCCGCCGCUGGCGGGACGUUAGCCUUGGAGGAUGCUAUCACGCUGGCUUCGUGUCUGCAGCUGGCCUCAGCACCAGGGGCAGCAGCGGGCGGGGCUCUUGCUGGUUUUGGCGUGCCGAUUGGGACGAAGGUGUACAACUUGCUGCGGUAUGAGCGCACGAGCUGUACGCAAAAGAUGGCCUUUGUCAACGCCCAGGUGCUUGGCAACACGACGGACUGGGACGCUAUAAGGAAAGACCCAAAGAGGGUCCAUGUGCGCUACCCGCGCUGGCUCUUUAGCCACGACCCGGAGGGCUAUGUUUAUGAGAAGUAUGGCCAAGCUUUUGCCCAUGUGGUGGCCGGCGCCGAGUUCCGCAACACAAACAUACCGCCGGGCCAUAAGUUUGUGCACUGGAAUCUGGAGCAGAUACACAAGGAGAUGGCGGCUGGGAAGAAGGUUGAGGAUCUGCUGGACGGUGACUGGACGUAGAGAGAGGCAUCUUGCUUAGGACUGAGCAACAUCAGCGAUUCAGGGGCAAGCGUAAAUAGCCAUGUUGCUGGGCCAACGGUUCAUACCUAGACAUUUAUUCUGGAGAGCAAGUUGGCCUUAUAGUCUUAGGACAACGUGAAAAGCGUAGGUAUGGUGUUUCAAAUUGGGUCUCCAGCUACAACGAAACAGCGUUGGGGCUUUGGCUGGAUUCAAGGUUGACGAAAGGGAGGAAACGGAAGAUGGAGAUGAAACCAUUUGAGUAAGGUACCUAUAUGUUAGAGCUACCACAAACCCUACCUACCUACCUACCCAAUAUACUUAUG